UUCAACUCUCAACACUGGAGGGUACACUUGGCAUUUCAUUACCAAUUAUUGUCUGAAGUAAAUUUCAUUUGAGCAUUAAGGCCAAUUUGUGACCUUGUCUAUUGCGUGCUAUGGAGUAUUAAGUUAUGUAUUCAUUAAUAGUGCUAUAAAAAGUGCUUUCGAUAAAUGUUAAUUAUGUUUGUUCGUGUUAUAAUAUUUGUAUUAUUUGGUCUGAUCUCCUCAUCAUCAUCCAGCAGCUUCCAGACCCUCUUCCCAGAACAGAAUCGCCUGUACACAUUCAGUAUCAAGACAAAUGUGACCACUGGGACCUUGGCUCCUAUCGAAGAUGGGACCUUUUGGGUGAUAGAAGGGACCUUGAGCAUCCAGGUGUAUGAUGAGUUUAGCAGAGCAAGGUUGCAGCUGGAUAAUUUGAAGACCCUAGUCCAAGGCAAGGACAGCAGCUCGACAGACCAGACUACAGAAGCCGUCAAGUACCUGAGCACACCCUGGGAAGUCGGCAUAUGCUUCACAUCCAUACAUGUUGAUGAUGAGCCUUUGUGGAUCACGAAUAUCAAAAGAGCUUUGUCUUUCAACUUGCUGGUUGCUGAGCCAAAAGGAUCUUUGAGUAAUAUCGAAGAGCCAUGCCUCUACGGAAACUGCAUGUCAGUAUAUUCACGAAUCGGCAUGCGUAUACGCAAGUACAGUUCGUCGUGGUCGCGGCGCCAGCGCGUGUCCACAUACGAACAGCGGUGCAACCCCUCGCGCCCUGCUGAAUGGAGGCGUCCGCCUGUUAGAAACGAUAAUCCGAACUACCUGAUAACAGCUGAGAGGGUCUACAACCUAGAUGAAGUUAUUGGUCUAAAGAAGUUACAGUUGAAGAAUGAUUUCCAAUAUCGCACCCGUGAUCACAUCCUAAAAGUCACUACAGAACUACUCCUCGCAGCGGAGUACUCGUCACCAGUCCAGAGCAUCCAGAAGUUGAACCUGACGGAGUCACCGAUCCAAUACACCUUCCAUAACUACAGCAACCCAUCAAACGGCAUUUGGAACCAUACACAGCAAGAACUCAAGAACACCACUUACCAGAUGCUACUGAAGAUAGCACGACAAGGAAUAGAUGCAGACAAUAUUGUGAGGAAUGCAUCUUUAAUACAUAGCUUGGACUUCAUUGAACUUUUGAACUCCAUGUCCCAACUGUACUACGACUCGCUCGCCGAACUGUUCGAAGACGUCCUCGGCACGAGUUAUGAGCUGGAAACUUCUAGAAACAUCUUCCUUGAGGUUCUACCGUACGUCAGGAAUGAUGCUGGCGCCAGACUGAUAAAGCACUUGGUUGUAGACCAGAAGGCAAAAAUAGAAGAUGCAAUGCUGGUGUCUCUGAUUCGGAAACUCCCAUACAACAUCUUGAACUAUGACAGGAGUCUUCUUCAAGAACUGGAGAUCCUCAGCAAACUUGGACAAGACUUCCCUCAGGAGAUCCGGCAUGCUGGCAUUCUGAGUUUCGCUACCCUAGUCAAUAAAGCUAUGGAGACUUCCUUCGACCAGCAAUAUUUUGACGAUAUUUAUGACAAAUAUCUGAGGAUGUAUAACUAUUGCCCGCAAUACUUGGAUCGUCUAGUUUGGCUCCAAGGUUUGACCAACAUUGGCAAGAAUGGAGUGAACUACCUGGAUGAGAUCUACACAGACACGAAAAAGGACAGACACGAGCGGCUCUGGGCGGCUUUGGCCAGCCUUAGCAUUUGGAAAGGCGCUAAUCCAGAAAACACUCUUCCAAUCCUAAUGAACGAGACAGAACACAUACAGCUUCGAAUUCUAGCUUUACAUACGAUAUUGAGUUCACCGCUCGGCGCCAGAGAUUUCUUCAACGUCCACAAUUAUGUCAAGGAUUCUGACAAUGCGCAGCUGAAGAGGUUUUGGUAUACCACGAUCAGGAGUCUGAAGAAUAACAAGUAUUAUAAUCGAUACGAGUCUGUAUCUCGCUACAUUCCAUUCUUCGCAGCUCAGCUCCCCAACCCAGGGUUGAAGGACUGGGCUACCAACAACUACAUCAUCAGCCAGGAGCCCACAUUUGACCAGCAAGGCCCAACAUUACAAGUCCUCACGGUUGGUGGAGCGUGGAGUGGACUUCCAGAGCUCGUCAUGGUGGAGUUCUCCACUGGUGGAGAAUUGGCUUACAAUGGCGCCAUAUACAUCGUAGCAGAGGGAGUAACCUCAAAUAUAUUCAAGAGGUUCCAGACGUUCAAUGCUUCGGAGAACUUUACUGAAGAGCUUGUUAACAUCUUGAAGGACCUCAAGGUUGAAAUUGUUGACCAUGAAAAGGUGCAUAUCGAUAUAGUGGUGAAAGUAUACGACAAAACUAUAUACGCGACACACAUCGACCAAACACGGUUCGACGGUUGGAAUACUGAAAAUUUGAGGAAGUCCACUGAAGAGUUCGUCCGUUUCGGCAGCCAUAUCAACCAGCAGAUGGUCUACUACCCCACACAGAUGGUGAAGGACUUUCCCACUGAAAUAGGCACUCCAGUAAGGCUGCUAUCAACUAUAGUGUCCUUCACGUCGUUGAGAGGGAACCUGACAGCACCUUCGACUGAGGACCUUACCUGGAGGAACGACCUUCACAUAAGAUACCAGGGUACAGCGGUGACUGCACUGUCGACUGACGGUCCUCUCCAUCCAUCAGCACACACUGUCCGGAUCCAGCAGUCGAUGGUCAUCCACCUGCCUAUUAAGUUUGAUGUCAGACUACCGCCCGUGGAAAGGGCUUUGGAAUUGAAAUGGACGAACCCAGUACAAAGCGGCGGCAUAGCGAUGCACUCCAGAACUCAAAUUGAGACCAGCUCGAGGAGCGGAAAGGAAAUCUACACUGUGACCACUCGCAACAAACGACAAAAAGAGCACGGAGUUUUCUUCGACUGCGAGAAUCCGAUGACGAAAUCUGAAAUAUCUCAACAUUUGACAUCGAGAAACUACAAUUUCCUGAGGACUAUGCAGCCGACUCACGUGGUUCUCAACAUGAUCCGCCUGAUAACCUCCCCCACUGUGGGUUCCUGUGGACUCAUCCUCCCCCCACAUCAGCUCCAGACUGGCAAUAAGGUGGAUAUGGAGAUGAAGGUGGAUGAUGCCCAGUGGGAUGACGGGAUCAACUUCAAAGCGUCUUUUGGUAUGAAUUAUUACAGGGAGACGGAAGACGGACCCAAUGAGAAUUAUUUCUCAAUAAAUGGCUACACUAAAUUACUCAGCGAUGGUCGAACUGGCGAUAUAAGGGCAGCGCUGUCUACAUAUACGGACCCUGACCGCAAUGUGACUGUCUGCUUCAGCAAUCAUCACAAGGUCCUGUCCAAGGUUGAGAUUGACUUCACAGAUGACCCUGCUGCUUACGAAGGGGACAUCAGCGUCAAUGCAUCGCUAGGAAGUCAAGAUUGUGAGAUAGUUGAGGAGAAGGUCGCAGAAUUGAAUAUUGUAUACGAUAAUGAGCCUAUCGGUGUGAAUAAGAGGCAAUUUGCAGUCAAAGUUGGGGGUAAAAAUCUGCCAUUUUUGGUUCUCGAUGACUCGCGGGUCUUCGGGAAUCCAGAUUUUGUCAAUUUCUGGAAUAUUCUCACUGAUAAUAGCAGUCCAACCUUUAAUACCGAAGCUGUUAUAAAGGAAGAAAAUGACGAAAUAACGGCCACUAUAAACGGAGGAGAGGAUCUGUACUACAAAACCUCCAGUUUCUCCUGGCUACCCCCCAGCUGGACUACCGUGCAGAUGAUGAAGCAACUCGGAUUCUAUUACGAAUGUCGCGUACAGUCGUCUGGAGUUCUAGAAGAACAGCUGUUAAUAGGUGAAUGCACUAAUACACCCAGGUUCGCAGUGAUAUUGUCAGGCAACAAAAAUGGUCAUGGUAAUGUGACCAUAAUGGCUGACGGGUCCACUCUCUCCUACCACUGGCCAGUGAUGAACAAGGACUUCGAUCAAUUGCAAAAGACGAAUAGUAAUUUGAAAAUGACCAGGCUAGGCGACGCGUACGUGAUAAGGUCGAAGCCCCCAGGCCUCUCAGUGUACUUCCAGCCUAACGAUGCAGAUUUAGUCAUUCAUGUGCCACAGCCUUAUAUGUACACAGCGUGUGGGAUUUGUAUCAAUAAAAGGUAUUAAAAGGAGUUAAAACACAAAAAAAAAAGAAAUAUAAAAAAGUAUUGUUUAAUAUGUAGGUUUUAAUAUUUUUAACAAAAAGAAAAUAAAAUUAAAAAAAUACUCGAAUGAGGGAGAGUUGGCUUCGUUUAAUCUUCUAAUUUCAUGGAGAUGUUCCUUUUAUCUUCAUUUUUGGGUAUAAUGAUGACCCUUGUUAAAGCAUCAUAUUUAAUAUCCCGUAAACCUAUUAAAACUUUAACAGACAAUAAAUUCUAACAAUCUCAACCCCGCC